GCGGCGCCCGAAGAGGCGGUGGUCAGGGACCAGCGAAAGUGUGCAGAGGCGCGUGCUGGGCACAGCAAGUCUAUCGCGGGAGCGCUGCGGCCCGCGGUGGGGCGGGAAAUGUCCGGCUGUCCCCGCCCCGGGCCCGGAGCCCCGGGCCCCGUGCCGAGCCGUGCCGCGGAGGGGUCGGUGCCCCGGGCGGUGCGCGAGGCAGACAGAGACGGAGAUGGCGCCCGCAGCGUCCAGGCUGCGUGCGGAGCCUGCGAUCGGGGCGCUCCCGCGGCGCGCGCUCGCCCGCUACCUGCUGCUCCUGCGGCUCUACCCGGUGCUCACCAAGGCGGCCACCAGUGGCAUAUUGUCAGCCCUUGGGAACGUCCUGGCCCAGAUGACUAAGAAGAAGCAGAAGAAAGAAGACUCUCAAAGGGUAGAUGUCAGUGGGCCUCUCAGAUACGCAGUCUACGGGUUCUUCAUCACAGGUCCCCUGAGCCACUACUUCUACCUCUUCCUGGAACAUUGGGUCCCUCCUGAGGUUCCCUUGGCUGCUGUUAAGAGGCUGCUCCUAGACCGCCUACUCUUUGCCCCGGCCUUCCUGCUGUUAUUCUUCCUCACCAUGAGCCUGCUAGAGGGGAAGGACGCCGCUUCCUUUGUCACCUGGGUGAGGAGCAGUUUCUGGCCAGCCCUGCGGAUGAACUGGCGUGUGUGGACCCCGAUGCAGUUCAUCAACAUCAACUAUGUGCCCCUGCAGUUCCGGGUGCUCUUUGCCAACCUGGUGGCUCUGUUCUGGUACGCCUACCUGGCCUCCUGGGGAAGUGACAGAGCCUGAGGAGGACCUUGGACACACAGCAGAUGGGGCUGGGGAGCACCCGCCUGAGGGAGACCCAGGACCAGUGCAGGCAGGAUUCCGUCUGAUGCUAAAUCAUGUGAUUCAUGGUGCCCCGUAAUGACAGCUGGAGAAACAGAAGCCUUAGGUGUCUCGAUCUUGAGAGAAGCAGCUGCCACCUCAGGCGAUAGAGAUGGUACUGGGUGCUGCCUUGAACCCAACAAGGAUCUCAAUAAACUGUGAUGGAGCUGCCU